CUCUAUAUAUAUAUAUAGAUCCAACCAAGUGUUAUUGCAGCCAAAGAGGCACCAAUUAAAUUUCACCAUAACUUGGAAUCACACUUGCUUGUAUGUAUGAAACACCCUAGCGAAUCAAAGCCUUUUGAAUGGCUUGUUUUUUUUUUUUUUUUUGAAGAUAGGUAGCACACUACCCGCUUCUUUUGAAUGACUUGUUGAGCUUUUUUUUUUGAGGAGCCACACUUCAAUUAAUACCCCUCUCCCAUACUAGGUGGUAUUAAUUGCCCCUUAAAAAGAAGGAUAAUAUAGCAAAAAUUUAUAUGAACACUUCCACAAGCUUUCUCACUUUAGACCAUAGUAAAAUGGUAAAAGGAUUGUAACAUGUAACCACCCCCCAAACUAUCUCCCACGUUCUCAUUGCCACAAUGCUUAUAACACUACUACUACACCACACUCAUCUCCUCACUCACAAAGCUUUUGCUGCUGCAAAGAAGCCCUGCAACAAUGGACAAAGGAGGUGUUGUUACAUUCUUCUUUUUGGCCCUCAUAUGCUUUUUUCGGGUGUCGGAGAGCGCGGCAUCGACGGCCAUGUUCAUAUUCGGCGACUCGCUGAUCGACAACGGUAACAAUAACUAUAUACCUUCGAUAGCGAAAGCGAAUUAUUUCCCUUACGGUAUCGAUGUCGGGAUUCCGACCGGUCGGUUCUGCAACGGCCUAACGGUGACGGAUUAUGGAGCCAGAUAUUUAGGGCUAGAGUUUCCGCCGCCGUAUUUGAGUCUUUCGUCGGGGACUGCAGCGAUCUUGCGAGGGGUGAACUACGCUUCGGCCGCAGCAGGAAUCCUCGACGACACGGGGCGGAAUUAUGGGAGUAGGGUCACAUUUAAUGGGCAAAUAGAGUUAUUUGCUAAGACAUUGAUGCUACAAUUACCACUACUGAUACCAAAUUCAGAGGCAUUGUCUCAGUAUAUCGCAAACUCUUUAUUUGUGAUCAACAUUGGGAGCAAUGACUACAUCAACAACUAUCUCCUUCCUAAUCUAUACACAAGUAGCCGCACUUAUUCUGGGGAUGAGUUCGCACAACUACUCAUUGCAAAUUUCGCCACGCAAUUAGAGGCCUUAUACAAAUUGGGGGCCAGGAAAAUGUUGUUGGUGGGGAUCGGACCGCUCGGGUGCAUACCGAGUCAAUUGUCCAUAAACAACAGCACGGGUGCGUGCGUUGAACGGAUUAACGAGCUGGUCAUGGCGUUCAACAAACGACUCGUGCCAGUUAUGCUCGAGCUCAACUCGACUCUGCCGGGUUCGUUCUUCGUCUACGAGAACACCUACGACUCCUUCUACGACAUCAUAAAAAAUCCUUCAAAAUACGGGUUUACGAAGAACAACCAAGCUUGUUGUGGGAAUGGCAGGUUCGGAGGAGCGGUGAGUUGCCUCCCCUUGCAAACACCGUGCUCCGAUCGCGACCGAUACAUCUUCUGGGACUCCUUUCAUCCUACACAGGCCGCCAACGCCGUAAUCGCCAGGAAGUGCUACAGUCCCUCUUCGACCGAUUGCUUCCCGAUCAGUGCCUCGCAGCUCGCAAAGUUAUAAAAAAAGGAUUUUUACAGAUUACAAUACAGUAAAUUUAUAGAUGUCUCAUUUGCGCGAUACUAUUGAGAGUGAUUCUGGAACUAAUAACCAUUGUAGGCUAGUGGUUGUAAGAAUAGUUAACUAACUUUAUUGUAUUGCAAUUUUAAAGUGGUCGAAGCCGUAACGCAUUUAUAGUAAAUUUUAAACA